CGUACUUUAUGGACGACCCCUAACUACGCUGGGUAGUAGCAAAAACCAAGUUUUUUUUUAAAUUUAUUUUUAAAUUUAUUGGUUUAUUGGCCGCGCCGCCGUAGACUAUGCGUCGUUACUUUUAUACUGACAACAAGAUAAAAGUUUUCUUACUUGGAUUUUUGGUUGGUUUAAUAAUAACAAUUUUGCUAAACAGUUGGUUGGUGGAGCAAAAAGAUUACUAUCCUAGUCCAACUACAAAUGAUUGCUACAAGACUUUGACUUCACCAGCAAUAUUCAAUAAAUUAAAUGAUUUGUAUUCAAAGAAGGAAGAAACUGUUGCUCUUAAACUUGCUCAAAAAGUUAGAAUUUUAUGUUGGGUGAUGACACAUCCUGUCACAAUUUACAAAAAUGCAAAGGCAGCACGUGAUACAUGGGGAAAGAGAUGUAAUAUUAUUUUGUUUAUGAGCUCUGUUCAAGAUGAUUGUUUUCCAGCUGUUGGACUUGGAGUAGCAGAAGGUAGAGAAAAUUUAUGGCUGAAAACCAGAGCAGCAUGGAAGUAUAUAUUUGAAAAUCAUUUCAAUGAUGCUGAAUGGUUUAUAAAGGUUGAUGAUGAUGCUUUUGUUGUUCUUGAAAAUCUACGUUUAUUUUUAAAUCCGUAUCGAACAACUGAUCCCCAUUAUUUCGGACGUCAUUUUCAAACUUUCAAAGGUUAUAAUAGUGGUGGUGCUGGCUAUGUGUUUAGUAAAGAAACAUUGCGCAGAUUUGUUCGUGUUAUGAAAGAUCCAUUUCUUUGCAAAGAAGUCUCAGAUUUUGAAGAUAAAGAGAUUGGAGUUUGUCUUAGUGCUGUUGGAAUAUAUCCUGAAGAAACACGAGAUAUUAAAGGGAGAGAAACAUUCCAUCCAUUUCAUCCAUUAGUUCAUGUAAUGCCUGGUCUUAUGAAAAGCAAUAAUUGGUUAUAUCAAUACAGUAAAUGGGAAGUUCGCAUAGGUCCUGAAUGCUGUUCAGAUAACAGCAUUGCAUUUCACUACAUCAAACCAAAUGACAUGUAUUUUUUAAACUUUGUUCUUUACCAGGUUCACCCCUUUGGGAUUAAUCAUUCUAAUGUUUUAAACUACCAAGUUCAGUAGAAAAUUAUUUGUUUUAGGUUAUUUUAUUUAUAUCACUUUAA